CCUUAGCACCCUCAUGCAUGUGAUUAGCUGCUAGGCUACUGGACUGUGCUGCAGGAGUGCUAACUAGUUUCUGUGUGCUCACUGAAGGUCUGGAGGUCCUUUGUGGACUUUAUUCUUUGGAUUGCUAGUGGAUUAUGACUGUGGCUCUAAUAUUUACGCUUUUUAGUAGCGCUAAUCCCUGGCGGAGGUUCUCCCGGUGGAUUCUCCUCUGCGACAGUGACAGUGACGAGGUUAUGAUGAUUGGAAGGCGACUCCUUACGAGGCUCCCUGCCCGUCUCCUACUGAUCUGAGAGGAAGGACAAGCAGUCGCUAUGUCCUCCCACGAAUUCCAGUGCUUCAGUGCCGUCUCUGGGGACCUUUCCCCAAAACUCCCCACUUGCAGGCUGCCCCGCAUCGCCCAUCAUGACCCCGUGGCGGCCGAAUGCUACCUGUGCUCAGAGUACAGACACGCCCGCACCAUGGAGGCGUUACAGUCUUUGUCCUCUCUCUGUCACUACGACUACCAUCAUAAUCAUGGCCUGCCUCACCAGCAUGUUCGAUGGAGGCCCGGCAGGCCCGACAACAACCCUCUGGCGCCUCAGCGGCACGCGAAGAGAAUAAUCCUGGUGAAAAACAGCAACCCCUCGAUCAGGAAGACCAUUGUCUUACAACGCAAGGGGCUGCGCAGCUUCGGACUUUUCAUGGAGGAACUCUCCGCGCUCAUGCAGUACCACGUGAGGAAGGUGUGCACUCUGGACGGACACAAGGUUGACAAUGUGCAAAAUGUUUUGCACUGUCCUGGUGUUCUGAUUUGUGUGGGUCGGGAUCCGUCUCACCCCUCCAUUUUGGAGAGAUCCCGGAAAGCAGCUGAGGACAAAUUGCCAACGUUGAGUACGAAGGCACGAUCCGCUUGUGGUGCAGACAAUGAUGACGGACACACCAUUCAACCGAAACUAGGCUCUACCAACGGUUCCAUGAGGCAUUCAGUGUCUUCUGACAAGUCACUUCCAGAUGGAACAGAAUCCUUAGAAGAUGUCGCCUCCGGUCCGGCCACUGCUAACAGAAUAAACGAUGAUGAUGUGGAGAAAGUAGUCCGUAUCAACGAAGAUGGCAGCUUGUCUAUGAAGAUGAAAGUGCGGUUUCGACUAGAAAAUGAUGAAACUUUACUGUGGUCGACAGAAGUGAGAAAAAGUUCCAACAGAACCUGCGAGCACCAAGUUCUCGACAGAAGCUGUUUGGGUUCUGAAAAUGUUUCAGAGACAAGUGACGCACACAUCAGGAGGCACCACCAAAGACAGGGCUUUGGUUGUCCUCACUGCUGUAGUCAAACAAGAGAGUACAACAUUUGGACUAACACCGCAACGGGUUCUCAGGGAGAAAGUGGCAGCACUCACACUUCAAGCUCAGGCGCUUCCUCGCACAGGGUGGUUUCAAGAAAGAGUAUGGUUGAAAGUCGUAAAACUGUGGCCAAAUCAAGCGAGGAGCAUUUAGAAGAAGUGUUUGAGCAUGUUAAAUCAUCUGAAACAGUGGAGUACUGCCCCAUCCAUAGUGAGUCUUGCAUGAAUAUGGUAGAAAACUGUGAGGCUGAGCAAGAACGAGAACUUGGAUCUACAAGUGCAUCAAGACAACACUCGCUAAGUGAAAAACCAGAAAAGGAGGAGACGACAGAAGAUGCUAUGCCGAACACUUUGAGGAAAUCAUCGUCAGGAUCUACACACUCAAAGAAAUCCACUAAGAAGUCUAGAAGGUCAUAUGCAUGUCACUGUGGAGCAUCUGAUGGUAGUCAAGAUACACAAGUGCAAACAAAUUCAGAGGAGACUCUUUCUGUCACGUCUGUCCGAUCAAAUUCUCUUGAGUCGAAUGAAUGUAAAGAAACACGUACUGCAGAACCUGUGGGUGUGAAAGAGGAUCGAUCAAUAAGUGCCAUGUCCGUUCAUUCAAAUGCCUCAACAAACUGUAAACCAAAAGUCUUAGAGUGCAAUGAAAGACCAUCAAGUCAAACAUCCGCCAAGUCUGAGGUGACAAGUGAAGUAUGUCAAUCAGAAAAAGAAGCCGAGGCAGAAAAACCAACAACUUCCUGCUCGUCCAUAUCCACAACUUCAGUUACAUCAAAAGGAUACGCUCAUGUGGAUGACGCUGAAGAAGAAUAUACCAAAGAUCAAGUCCAAGACCAAGCAGAGGAAAGUGAGAGUGGACAGAGAACUCAAAGCCAAAUGUCUAUGAAAUCUUCUAAAAAGUCCAAAGCACUUGAACAAAAUCUAGAAGAAAACUCAAAGGUGAAUACCAAGGGACUAAAAUCUACAAAGGAGGCAGAAGAUCAAGUAAGAUCAUCGAGUGUCCUUUCAGCGACAUCGACAAAGUCUAAAACCUUCGAGGUUGUCAAAGAAGUACAAGAAGCAGCUGCAAUGUUAAGUCUUGAUGAUUGCCCUGAGGAAGAAACUGAGGAGAGACCUCCAACUACCAUGUCAGUGGAAUCUGUUAUAUCAGACGUAAGGUCAAGGAAAUCAAAAUCCCCAGAAGUUGAUGCUGAUGGAUGUACUACAGAGGCAACUGAAGGUAGACCACAAAGCGCAAAGUCAAUCGACUCAGUAAGGUCGGUAAAGACCAGUAUUUCUGCUAGAUCCUACCAAUCUAAGUCAUCAGAAGCGCCAGAUGAUGGACGUAGAAGUAAUGGAGUGCCAACUCCAAAAGAAACAGAGUGCAACACUUCAGCUAUAGAGAGCAGUUUGGAAAUCAAAGAUAGUGUCUCAAAUCACAAGGUUGAGGAAACAGAGAGGCCUGCUUCAGGAUAUCAUAGUGCCAUGUCAGAAAAAACUGCUGAUUCAGAAUUGUCUGCAGAAUCCAUGAAGUCCAUAACCUCUGAAAAUAGGACUGAAGGAAAUGUUGAUGAUGCAGAGAGAGCACAAAGUGCAAUGUCUACCAAAUCAAAGGCAUCUAAGGGAUCUUCUCAAUCCAAAGCCUCUCAGCCUGUCCUUGAACAAAAUGAUGAAGACGAUAGUGAGCAAGAUGCUAGCCAGAGGUCACACAGCGCUAUGUCAACCAAAUCGGCCAAGUCAAGCAUUUGUUCGAGAUCAAAUGAGGAUGUUAGAGAACCAAGUGUGAUGUCGGUUAUCUCCCAAACUGAUGAUGUUACUUCACAAUCAAAUGUUUCAGAAGCUCUUCUGGAAGAUGGUGUUCAUAUACUUGAUGAAGAGACAAGUAGAAUAACAAACGCCUUGUUAGCUCAAUCUAACAAAUCAGCAAGGUCAAUUAAGUCCAAAUACUCUGGUGAUGUUCCAGCGGACGAAACAUCUGAGAGUUCAAUCCAGUCACAGGUUUCUGCAGAGAGACCAAUCAGUGCUUUGUCUGCAAAAUCAACAAAAUCGCAAGUUUCUGGGAAAUCUACAAAAUCAGAUGUUUCUGGAAUGUGUGCCGAAGAUGUUGGGGAGGAAGAUGUUGAGAGAUCACACAGUGGGAUGUCAGCUACAUCUACAAUGUCUUCUCUUUCGACAAAGUCCAAAGUAUCUAAUAUUUCAGCUAAUGGCCAUUAUCAUCAAGAGAGGGUGUCAAGCAGCAGGUCGGUCGGAUCAGAAAGAUCUGCAGAAACAAAUGUUUCAGCAAAAUCUAAGUCCAUUAAGGACAGUCCAUCUGAUCACGGUAUGGAUUCUCUCGGAGAAAAACUAUAUGAUAGCCGAUCAAUAUGCUCACUAUCAGUUUUAUCAAGUGUUUCAGCGCGGUCAAGUAAGUCCAUAUGUUCAACCGAAGUCCUAGCUGAACAAUGCAGGCCUAAGUCACAUGCUUCUGACCAUUCAUCAAAAUCCAAAGUGUCGGAAGUUCUCGGAAGAGAAACCUCAAGUAGAGCAGAGAGUAAAUUGUCUGCCAAAUCCACAAAGUCCAACAAAUCAAAAGUCUCAGCUGACAAAAAUAGUUUUUGUCAUGAGCCAAUUGAAAGAGCUUUGAGUAAUUUGUCCAUCAAAUCAGCGAUAUCUGCAAGGACAAGUGUCUCUGAAGGGACUAUGGAUGUUUCUGAGCUGACUAGCGAACACAACAUUGAAAUCUCUGAAAUGGAGAGUGAAGCACAAGGGAGUUCAAGGCAGUCAGUCGAUUCAGAUACAUCAGCAAGAGUCAUAGGUUCCAAAACUGAAGAAAGUACUGAAUGUGCAGUUGAUAAUGGGGACGAGGAACAACUGGAAGCUAAGGAAUCAUUCCAAUCACAAGAUUCCGGUGUGACCGGAGGUGUUUCUAUGCAAAGAUCUGCUAGCUCUUUUUCAGCUAGCUCUACAAAGACAAAGUCUUCAGGCCUCUCUAUGUUAAAUAAAAACAAUGACAAUCAUGAUGAAGUAUCCCAAAUAAGAUCAGCAAGCAAGUUAUCAGUCAAAUCAACCAAGACAAACACAUCCGUCUCGUCAAGAGCAACAUCUGAGGUUCCUUCAGAAGAAAACGCUACAAAAGGGGAGGAAACUGAGCAGAGGCAGGUGAGCGCUAAAUCAGCCAGAUCUGCCAAAUCAGCACAAUCAAACACUUCAGCAACAUCUUCGAAUAUAUUCCCUGAAAACAAUGACGAGAAUACAGAGAAAUCAUCAAGUACUUUAUCUGUAACAUCAACUAAAACCAGGAGAUCAAAUUCCUCAGCAGCAUCAAAGAAGUCAGAAGCAGCUGCAGAUGAUGCUAGUAUUGAUGCCACUAAAAUCAAAUCACAUGAAUCAGCAAAGUCUGUUGUGUCUGAAAAAAUUGAAUUGAGAAAAGGUUGUGAAAAAUGUAAAACCCCAAGUGUGAUGACUAUCAAAUCAGAUAUAUCUUUAAAAUCAAGGACUUCAAAUACAUCACUAGGGGCAGCUGAAAUGCCUGAUCAGGAUGUUAAUGGGAUCAGCGGCACUCCAAGUGUUUUGUCCGUCAAAUCAAAUGUGUCUUCAAGAACCAGAAUGUCUGAAGUAGCCCCGAGCGAACAGACUGAUGGAAAACCCCACAGUGUGAUGUCCAGUGUAUCUGUGAAACCCAAGAGAUCAGAAGUUCCUGCUGUGGCGGUUGAGGACUCGGAAGAUCGAACACCCACAGGUAUGUCAUCCAAGUCCAAAAGGUCAGCUCCAUCCCUGGGAAGAAAAAGCCGGGGGAAAGGACAAAAGUCUCUAUCUGUCAAAUCUGUAAGAUCCAAGAAAACUGAAGUUUAUGACAACCAGCAAACCAGCAAAGUUGCAGGCUCUGUGAGACUACCGAAUGGGCCUGCAGACAAAAGUGUCAAAGAGAAUAUGGAUAGUGAUGAUGUAGGGAUAGUUCCAUCAAAUUUGCCAAAUGCUUCUCUAACUGAAGUUGUUAGCGAAUGGCUUAAAACCAUACCAGCUGAUGGCGAACUGUGCAACUUGGAGGAGUUUGACGAAAACUGUGACACACUCAAAAGCAGCACAGUGGUCGAUGAAUCCAAUGAUGACAAAGCAGUUGAGAAUGUAAACCAACCAAAUGAUCUGAACGGUGUUUCUGUAGAUGAACAUCAUAAAGACACGGAUAUAUCAAAUGCAGAUUGUGGAGCUAAUGACCCCAAGAUAUUUUACUCUUCUGUGCAAGUGAUGAAAGUCCUUCUCAAUCCAAAACUGGACAGAUGCAAUAGUUUACCUGAGGUUUCUCCUGCAUAUGGACGCAAAUUAAGCACUUCAGCCAGAGGUUUCUUGGAUUGCCUUGUGAAGUUGCAGUUAAUAGACCAUGAUCCCAAGAACACAGAUGAAAAAUGUGAACGAUACAAAGCACUGAUGGAGAUCCUUCAAUCCCUUUGGCUGUGUGACUCCAUAGAUCAUGAACCUUUGUUAGCAAAGGACCGUCAUUCUGAUGAAGAGUUUAAUCACACGUCCUCCUCUGGCGUAGAUGUCAAUAGUGGCUCCACAGGUUCUGGAAAGAGCAGCGACGGAGCAAAUGGUAAUCAAAGACAAACUUUUGCAGAUGCAUUUGGCAAAGCACAGGAAGUAAACAGGUAUGAAGAAACAGGCAGAGGAGAGGAGGAAUUACCUCAGGGAAACCAAAAGGGAGACCGAUUAACAGAUGAGACCAUUAGAAGUAAUGAUAGCUCAAGAGAGGUGUCUGAAAGCCCACUCUCUUCAGGCAAUGGUCAAAAGUGUGAUACAGGCUCCAUGUCUGAGAGUCCGGUCCAAUCCAGUAAACGUAUUUGUCAAGACCCUGAUCCUGUUUGGGUCCUGAGUUUACUAAACAAAAUAGAGAAGCAAUUUAUGACUCAUUACAUCAAUGCAAUGAGUGAGUUCAAAGACCAGUGGAAAAUGAACGAUAACGAGCAGCUGAACAGAAUGAUAGGAGAAAUUAAAAAUGUGAUUGAAACACGCAUCCAAACUAGCAUACACAGAGAACUGGGCAAGAUCACAGGUCGAACAGGCCUACCGAGACCUCCGAAAGAAACAAAGUCCAGGCCUUCAACAACCCAGACAGACGAAAGGAGACGAAAGCUUAAAAUGAAAGCCAAACAGUCAUUUGAACCACAGUCAGGAAAAAGCGACGAUUCGGCUCUGAGCACAGUUUACAGCGAUCAGCGUGAAGAAACCGAGGAUGAAAGCUGUCCAUGCGAAUCGUGUGAUAAGAAAAAAAUGGCACAGACGACUCCAUUGCUUGGGGAAAUUAUGAGUACUGCCCCUGUUUUAAUGGACUUUGAUCUGAAGAGAAUUCUUCAGAUGAAGAAUGAUGAUACUACAGACAACUCUUUACCCAAUAAUGAAACCAAAGCAGCAGCAGCGUUUAUCGGACAUAUUCUGGAGAAGGCCGUAGAGGAAAUAGAGGAAGAUAAAAAAGACGUUGUAGACAAGGCAUUGGUCAGAAAUGAGGGUGAGAUCACAGGGGGAAAGGUUUCUGAAGCCAAAGAUGAAGAAGAAGCCACCCUAAGUGAGGACCAAAUUGAAGCUCCAGUUGAAGAUAAUUUCACCACUAAUGCUGAUAUGCUGCCAGAAAAAGUGGGGGAAGCAGGUAAAGUUAAGACUGUCAUUUUAGCUAAAGAUACAUCUGCGAUCAGUGAACCGGAGAAAGAUGAUGCCGCCACCAUGAAGAACUCAAAUGCAAACACUGACAAUAAGAUUUCUACAGAAGAACAGAUGUUGGCUGAGGAAAAUAGAACUGAGAGGGAUGAAGAAGGGCCAGGAGAUGGUGAAGAUGAGACCCAUGUCACCAGUGGAAAUGAGAAUACUGAUGUAGCCACCAUGAAGGACUUCAAUGAGUGUGUAGAAAUUGAUGAUGAGGUUUCUGCAGAAGAGAUGAUAACUGGGGAAGCUGUUGUAAACAUAAUAGCUGAAGAUGAAGAUGAAGAAGUUAAAGCCGAUGGUGAUAAGGAAAUACCUGCUACCCGUGAAGAAGUGAAGGAUGAGGAUGCAAAUACUGCUGCUGAGGUGACAGCCACAAGUGAACAUGAACGUGAAGAAGAUGCAGAAUGGGGGGAUGUUGGUAAAGAGCAAAUGCCUUCUGCCAAUGGAGAAGAGAACUAUGAUGUUGCUGAGAAUGAUAAUGCAGUUUAUGAGGCUGCCAAUGCUGCAGAAAAUGAGAUGAUAGAGGGAGCCAUCGUGGAACAAGAUGAACAAGUAGCACAAGAACCCAUCAUUGGUGUAGAGGACUGUUCCACUACCAGUGGAGAUGAGAAUAACGAUGCAGUGACUGAUGACAAGGUUGUUGCAAAUAAUGAGAUGAUGAGGGAAGAGGUUGAGGAAACAGCUGAAGCUGAAGAUAAAGUUGAUGGGCAAGUAGUGGCCAUGACAGAUAAAGAAAUGAGAGUAUAUGAUCAAAAAGAGAAUCCAGCUGCCAGUGGGAAUGAGAAUGAUAAGACAGCCACUGCAUAUGACAAUAUAAAUGCUGUCAGGGAAGUUGUUGUAGAAGAUCAGAUGAUAUGUCAAGAGGUUACCGAAACUGAAAAUGCAGCACUUAGUGAUGCCAUAAUAGCUUCCAGUGAACAGGAACCUGAAGAAAAUGAGGAAGAAAAAUCUUUUGCUACCAGUGGAGGAGAGAAUGAGGACUCAGUCACUGAGAAAGAGAUCACAAAUGCUGAUGAUGAUGUUGCUGCAGAAGAUCAGAAGAUGAGUGAAGACGGUGCUGUCAGUGAUGAUAAAGAUGAAGAACCGAGAAUCAGUGGUGAAGAAGAGCCUCAUGCCAUCAAUGGGGAUGGAAACAAUGAUGUUGAAUCUGAGAAUGACAACACAAAUGAUGAGGUUGCUGCAGAAGAUGAGAUUAUAGGUGAGGAGGUUGUCAAGGCAGUUGAAGUUGAUGAAGCAGCACAAGAUGAUGAUGGACCAGAGAAAGAUGAAGAAGAGAAAGUGAGUGCUGAAGAAGACACUCCUGCCUCCAGUGGGGAUGAGAAUGCAACCACUGAUAGUGAUAAUAAUGAUGGAGAAAACGAGAAGAUGAACGAUGAAGUUUCUGAAGUAGAAGAAGCAGAAGAAGAGACCACCAUGAUAGCUUCAAAUGAGGAUGAAUCUGAAAAAGAAGACGUUCCUUGUGAUGAGGAGCCUCAUGUCACUGGUGGAGAGGACAAUGAGGAUAAUGAUAAUGAUGUUGUUGCUGCAAAUGAUGAGAAGUUAAGAAAAGAGGUCAGAGAAACAGCAGCUGAAGAAGAAGAAUCAACAACCAUUACAAAUGAGGAGACUCCUGUCACUAGUGGACAUGAGAAUGAGGAUGCCGCAACUGAUGAUGAGGUUGCUGCAGAAGAUGAGAAGAUGAGAAACGAGGUAACUGAAACACUAGAAGAAGAAGCAGAAGAGACCACCGUAAUGGCUACAGAUGAGGAGACUCCUGUCACUACUGGAGAUGAGAAUGAGGAUGCCUCCACUGAAGAUGUGGUUUCUGCAAAAGAUGAGAAUACAAGUGAAACAGCAGAAGAUGAAGGUGCAGAACGGGAGGUCACCAUAAUAGAGGAUGAUAAAGAAGAUGGAGCAAGUGGAGAAGAAGAGACUCCUUUCACUAGUGGAGAUGAGAAUGAUAAUGUUGCUGCAGUAGAUGAGAAUAUGAGUAAAGAGAUAAUCGAAACAGCAGAAGAAGAAGCAGAAGAGACCAUCAUGAUGGGCACAAAUGAGGAUGGAUCUGAGAAAGAAGACGUCUCCAGUGAUGAGGAGACUCCUGUCACAAGUGGAGAUGAGAAUAAAGAUACCACCAAUGACGAUGAUGUUUCUGCGGAAGAUGAGAAGACGAGUGAAGAAGUAACCGAAACAGCAGAAGAAGAAGAAGCAGAAAACACCACCAUGAUGGCCACAACUGAGGGUGGACCUGAGAAAGAGGAAGAAGAAGAAAGGGAGACUCCUAUCACGAGUGGAGAUGAGAAUGAGAAUGAUGAUGAUGUUGCUGAAGAUAAUGAGAGUCUGAGUAAAGAAGUAACCGAAACAGCAGCAGAAGAAACAGAAGACACCACCAUGAGGGCCACAAAUGAGGGUGGAUCUGAGAAAGAGAAAGAUGAAGAAAGGGACACUCCUAUCACUAGUGGUGAUGAGAAUGAGGAUGAGAUUACUGAAGAAGAUAAGAAUACGAGUGAAGAAGUUUCUGAAACAGCUGAAGACAAAGAUGGAGCACAGGAGGUCACCAUGACAGAGGAUGAUGAAGAAGACAGAGCAAGUGAUGAAGAAGAGACUGCUGUCACUAUGGGAGAUGAUAAUGAGGAUGCUGUCAAUGAUGAUGAUGAUGAUGAUAAGAAUAGGAGUAAAGAGAUAGUCGAAACCGCAGAAGAAAAAGCAGAAGAGACCUUCAUGACGGCCACAAAUGAGGAUGAAUCUGAGAAAGAAGAGGAAGGAGAAAAUAAGACUCCUGUCACUACUGGAGAUGAGAAUGAAGAUGCCACCACUGAUGAUGAGGUCGUCCCAGAAGAUGAGAAGAUGAGUGAAGAGAUUGCUGAAACAGCUGAAGAUGAAGCAACGGCAGUCUCAAGUGAGAAUGACUCCAACAAGGAGGAAGAAGUCCCUGGUAAUGAGAAGACUCCUGUCACCAGUGGGGAUGAGAAUGAGGAUGCCGCCACUGAUGCUGAGGUUGCCGCAGAAGAUGAGAAUAUGAGUAAAGAGAUAGAUGAAACAGCAGAAGAAAAAGCAGAAGAGACCUUCAUGACGACCACAAAUGAGGAUGAAUCUGAGAAAGAAGAGGAUGGAGAAAAUAAGACUCCUGUCACUACUGGAGAUGAGAAUGAGGAUGAUGAUGAGGUUGUCGCAGAAGAUGAGAAGACGAGUGAAGAGAUUGCUGAAACAGCUGAAGAUGAAGCAACAACAGUCCCAAGUGAGGAUGAAUCCAACAAGGAGGAAGAAGUCCCUGGUAAUGAGAAGACUCCUGUCACCAGUAGAGAUGAGAAUGAGGAUGCCGCCACUGAUGAUGAGGUUGCCGCAGAAGAUGAGAAUAUGAGUAAAGAGAUAGUCGAAACAGCAGAAGAAGAAGCAGAAGAGACCUUCAUGACGGCCACAAAUGAGGAUGAAUCUGAGAAAGAAGCGGAAGAAGAAAAUAAGACUCCUGUAACUACUGGAGAUGAGAAUGAUGAUGAGGUUGCAGCAGCAGAUGAGAAGAGAGCUGAAGAGAUUGCUGAAACAGCUGAAGAUGAAGCCAUGACGGUCCCAAGUGAGGAUGAAUCCAACAAGGAGGAGGAAGUCCCUGGUAAUGAGGAGACUCCUGUAAACAGUGGAGAUGAGAACGAUGAAGCUGUAGAUGAGAUGGAAGAAGGCAAUAAGGAUGAGGAUGCAGAAGAGGGGCAAACUUUACCCGAGGAAGAUGAAAAAUUUGAUGAGAGCGGGAAUGAAGAGAAGUCAGGCAAUGAGGGAACAACAGCGGAACAAACGGAUGAGGAUGAAGAGGAGCCUGCUGGUGUAUGUGGUACUGAUUUUCAUUCUCAUCCUCCUGCAUCUGGAGAAGAACAUAUGGCUGAGAAUGAGGCUGAAUGCACUAAUGAGAGGGCAGCAGAUGAGACGGAGCUCAAGGAUGAAGAGGAUGGUGCAACAAUUACGAAAGACUCUCAGGAGGAAGAUCCUGAAGAGGAACCUGCUGAAAACAAGGAAUCAGUGGCGGCCUGUGAUGAAGAAGAGGAUGUAAAAACAAAAGUGGCUGAAGAUCCAGGCGGCAUCCCACAGGACGAUGAGGAGGAUGAGGUGACCAACGAUGAUGGUCAAGAUAAUGUAGAAAAUGACGAAGACGACAACGUGACAGGCAGGGACACUUUUGAAGUAUCUGAAAAAGAUGAAGUGUCCGCUAACCAGGGGGAGUCGGCCGACGGCGAAGAUGAGGCGGAAUCUGAUGAUGCCGACGAAGAGGAGAAAGGAAGUAAGGACUUCAUCUCUAACAAGGCGGACAAUCAGGAGCCGGAUCAGGCCAGGGAAACUACUACCUUAGCGGUAAACAACAGUUUGCUUAAAGUAAGCGCCGAGUCUGAGGACGGCGUCUACGCAGAUGGAGAAGACUCGGACACGGAAACCUUAAAGUCAGGGAACAAGUGAUGUGGACAAGGACUGGAUGCAGUAUUCUAGGAUGAGAUGCAGUGUCCUAGAACUAGAUGCAGUAUUCUAAGAAUAGAUGCAAUUUUCUAUGACUGGAUGCUAUAGGACUAGAUGCAGCAUUUUGGCACUGUAUGCUAUUCUUGGUGUGGAUGCAGUAAUCUGGGACUGGAUGUAGUAUUCUGGGACUGGAUGAUAUAUUCUAGGACUGGCUGCAAUAUUCUGGGACUGAAUAAAGUAUUCUGGGACUGGAUGAUGCAUUCUAGGACUGGAUGCAGUAUUUUGGGACUGGGUGCAAAAUUCUGGGACUGAAUGUAGUAUUCUAGGUUUUGGAUGUAUCAUUCUUGGGGCGCUUCUACAGAAGCUGAUAGACACUGAAGGAAUGUACGAGUAUCACAACCACGACCUCCAUGACUAGGCAGCUCUGGGAGAUAACCAUCUUAAAAACUUGAAGGAAAAGUUGAAUCCACUUGUGUACUACAUGUGUACUAAUACACACAACCUGGACCUUCUUUUAGAAACACCUGCACACAAUGGCUACUGUGUUGGGUACACCGAAGGUGAACACAAUCAUGCAUUCCGUGUGAGACAACUCUUGUAUUGGAUCUCACUAGGUGUACCUAAUAUUGUGGCCAUUAACAAGUGUAUAUUUGCACAUAUCCUGUACUGUAGUAUUUCCUUUAUACAUUUUCUUUUCUUUUUCGAGAUUUUUCCAGGGUUUUUUCUGUAAAAAAAUCCAUGAAUAAUCAUCAUUUUGAAAGCUUCAAAGUACCACAGUGUGAGUAUUCAAACGUGAUUCACAUAUCAGUAGAGUAGACAAAUGUAUGCUUUCAUAUCUAAAAGCUUCAUAUCGUGUGGAGGCAAAUAUUACCUCAACUAAAUGUACUGCACUUUUUUUUUGUCCGUGGAUUAAAAUACAAAUGCACUUUAAAUACUCAUUUGAUUUACUUCUGUAUUAAUCAAACAUCAUUAAAACUUGUUUUCUAUAUUUUUGAAUUGGAUUUUUAAAUGACACUAUGAAAUAUUUCCAGGGAUGCUUCGAUUAGGGUUGUAAGAUGCCAAUUUCGAUCAUCCUUGAGAUCGACCAAUACCGAUACCGAUCACAUGUAUUAACUGUAAAUUUUUAAAAUUUAUGCUGAGCGUUAUCGACAGUGUAACAAUACCAACACAAUAUUAAAACUAGUUCCUUAUCCUCUCUUUUAUUAUACAAUUGUUAGAGCAAAACAUAAUCAUUAGUCCAGGCAAAACUAUUAACUACUACUCUUUUAAAUCCAUCCAUCCAUCCAUUUCCUACCGCUUGUCCCUUUCGGGGUCACGGGGGGUGCUGGAGAUAAGAUAAAAUAGAAAAUAAAUUAUCAACCCAAUCAUAGACCUCUUUAACUUUCCUGAGCACUUAUGUAUUGGUGUUGUUUAGAGCUAUCUUCACAGUCAGCUCAGCUAUUAAAGUACCAAUGAUUGUCACACACACACUAGGUCUGGCGAAAUUAUUCUCUGCAUUCGACCAAUCACCCUUGAUCACCCCCUGGGAGGUGAGGAGAACAGUGGUCAGCAGCAGUGGCCGCGCUGGGGAAUCAUUUUUGGUGAUUUAAAGUUGUACUUACCAACCUUGAAGCAAUUUUAUAGGUACAUGGCGUAAUGAUAAGUGUGACCAGUUGAUGACAGUCAUACAUAAGAGAUAUGUGUAGAUGACGCUAGUAAACAACUGUGACGGUCUCAAGCCGUCGUCUUGCGGGUUUCCAGGACCACCAAGGAAGGACAUGACUUCGAGCCGUUUGACUUUGUUUAUUUUUCAAUAAACACCUCAGUCCAGGUCGCCUUUCCGCUCCUCUUUUCCGCUCGCUCGUCGUCUGUCUUCGGCUCUCCUUCUCUCUCGCUUUGCGUCAGCUGCACUCCUGCUUCUUCCAGUCUCUCCGCCUUUCUUCCCGCCAUUCACGGCUGCCGGCCUUUUAACCAAUGCGAGAGGAUUGCAUGAUUGUCCCCAGGUGCGUGAUUUACGCACCUGAUCUUGAUUGAGGCUUCGCUCCAGGUGCGCCCCGCCUCGCCGCUCGCUCGCCGUCGCUGCCUCCUCGCCGCCAUCUUGGGCCGGGCUCCAGCAUGCCCUGCCUGUCUGUCGGACUGUUGGCUCUGCCUCUCCACAACAACAUCAAAAAUGUUUAUGUUCCACUGAGAAUAUAGAAAAUUAUGCACGGCGCUCAAUACUUUUUCUAAAUGUUUUAGUACGACUUUGAAGCCGCACCGCUUGAUAGACUGUUGACACAUUACGGCUACCGUAGUCAGAAGUACGAGUAUUAUUAUUAUGGUGUGUUUUUAAGGACCGCAAAAUUGCACCCGUUAGCGGACAUAUUACCUGCCGUUUUGUUUCGCAAUAUUAUGCUAAACCAACUUUUCUUACGGGCUUCACGGUGGCAGAGGGGUUAGUGCGUCUGCCUCACAAUACGAAGGUCCUGCAGUCCUGGGUUCAAAUCCAGGCUCGGGAUCUUUCUGUGUGGAGUUUGCAUGUUCUCCCCGUGAAUGCGUGGGUUCCCUCCGGGUACUCCGGCUUCCUCCCACCUCCAAAGACAUGCACCUGGGGAUAGGUUGAUUGGCAACGCUAAAUUGGCCCUAGUGUGUGAAUGUGAGUGUGAAUGUUGUCUGUCUAUCUGUGUUGGCCCUGCGAUGAGGUGGCGACUUGUCCAGGGUGCACCCCGCCUUCCGCCCGAUUGUAGCUGAGAUAGGCGCCAGCGCCCCCCGCGACCCCGAAAGGGAAUAAGCGGUAGAAAAUGGAUGGAUGGAUGGAACUUUUCUUACGUUUUGGUACUUGCUGAUCUGUUUUCAGGAUCUGCAUAAGUCCGGAAAUUUGUGCAAGUCCGCUAUUGUAGUCCUUGCCAAUGACGUAGCUGCUUUUUUCCUCUAUCUUCUUGUUAUGGAGCAUUUCUAAUAUAUAGUAGCGUACAGUUCUAACUUAUAUCUUUCAGUAGACUUGCUGUGAAAGGGCUAAAAACUGCCGAUGUAGUGAGUUUACAUUAUUCACCCAAGGAACUUGGAGAGUUCCGGUCAGACGUUUUUUGACGGGACACAUUUCCAGCGUUGUUGUACUAUAGUGAGCCACGGUUGAGGAGAUGCUGCUCCGUUAUUGAUUGAAGUAAAGUCUGAAUGUCAUUAAAACAGCUCGCUCCAUCUUUUGACACUUCUUCCACUCCCGUCCUUGCACGCUACACCGCUACAACAAAGAUGACGGGGAGAAGACUCUGCCGAAGCUGAGCCAUGUAAUUAAGACCGCCCACAAAACGGCGCAUCCUGAAGCGACUGUCAGAAAGCGGCUUGAAAAUGAUCUGUAAAACAUCAUUUAUGCAACAUUUUGACCAAAGAAGCCACCAUUACAUGUUAUGUGGACCACAAAGAAGUGUUUUCCAUUUAGAAAAAAACCCUAAUACGACCCGUCCGGUGCGCCUUAUGUUUGAAAAAAGACCUGAAUAGACCCGCUCAUCAGCAGUGCGCGUUAUAAGUCCGGUGAAUCCUAUGGUCCGGAAAAUACGAUUUUACCGUUUUAACAAUGACAGUGCACAUUUGUGGCUGUAUAAAAAUAUAUAUUACAUAUAUGAAUGACGUCCCAAAGGUACAGCCUAAAGGUUUCUCUCCAUGAUAGCCAGGAAGUUAACUGCUUACUAAUAUCAAAUCAGCUUGUGUGCUGCGACUGCAGAGUCCCUAAAAUGAGACUUUCUUGGCGUCUGUGUAGUGAACGCAGCCCCCCCCAACCCUUAUUAAGACGGGGCUGAUGGAUGGCACCUAUGUCACGGGUUGCCACUGGAGGUCUCCUGCGGGCACGUGACUCCCAUAAUUGGUGUCACCCUGAUUGACUGCACCAGGACUUUAAGGAAGGAGGCCGUCACGUGGCCUCGGAGAGAGAAAAAAACAACCAAGUUGAAGAGCUUCCAUGUGUGCUGUUUUUAUGGACGGCAGUCAAAAACCUUAACUCGCUGUUUUUUUUUUUGUGUGUUUUUUUUUUUAAUUUGUCCUGUCCAGCUUUUCAGGCAAAUCAUAUAGUUGAUGUAGAUGCCCAUAUCGGCUGCACAGAUUUACAUUACAAAAGAGAGGUCUGUGGGAUACUUCUCUUGUGGCCUUAUUUGGAUUUCACUUUAUUAAAUGGAUUUAUAUUAUCGUUGAGUGCAGCCGAGCCGGAGCAGGAGGGGAUAGAAAGAGAAAAAAAGGAAGACAGAGGGGGAAAUUGUGGGGACAAGAGGGGCAUAAGACAACAACAGCAAACACAAUAACAAUACCAACAACAACAACAACAACAGAGCCACAUCAACAAACAGGAUAUGUACAAAUGAUGGUAAAAGUGAUAGCAAAGAAGUAGUUAGUGAAAUAAAUAAUAAUACAGAAAUGACAAUGAGCAUUAUUACACUACAAUGAGAGCACUUGAUAAUGAAUGAUAACAAUACCAUCUAUCCAUUUUCUUCCGCUUUUCCGAGGUUGAGUGGUGGGGGCAGCAGCCUAAGCAGGGAAGCCCAGACUUCCCUCUCCCCAGCCACUUCGUCCAGCUCGUCCAGCUCCUCCAGCUGGGAGACAUAGUCUUCCCAAUUGGAGAGAAGACCCCUGUGGCCUCCUACCGGUCGGAGGCGUUCGGGUGGCAUUCUGACCAGAUGCCCGAACUACCUCAUCUGGCUCCUCUAGAUGUGGAGGAGCGGCGGCUUAACUUUGAGCUCCCCCCGGAUGGCAGUGCUUCUCACCCUAUCUCUAAGGGAGAGCCCCACCACCUGGCGAAGGAAGCUAAUUUCGGCCGCUUGUACCCGUGAUCCUGUUCUUUUGGUCAUAAGCAAAAGCUCAUGACCAUAGGUGAGGAUGGGAACGUAGAUCGACCGGUAAAUUGAGAGCUUUGCCUUCCAGCUCAGCUCUUUCUUCACAACAAUGGAUCAAUACAACAUCCGCAUUACUGAAGACCCCACAUGUCGAUCUCACGAUCCACUCUUCCCUCACCCGAGACCAAGGCUCCAAGGUACUUGAACUCCUCCACUUGGGGCAAG